UGGCACGUAAUGCAAAAUAAUGCAAUAUGUUCAUUUCAAUGAAUACGUGAAUGUGUAUCUGUGAUAUCAAAGAGAGAAUCGCAUCUGUUCGUUCCCAUUGUUCUGAUGGCCAGCAUGACGGAUUUGAAUGACAAAAUGGACAGACAUACCAAUAAUGUCAGAAAAGUGAAACCAAUUCUCCGCCAGGCAUCGACACAACAGCGAAUAAGUGCAUAUUGGCUGGCUCUGCGUCCGUGGUCAUUCAGUGCAUCGCUUACACCUGUCGCUCUUGGAACUGCAUUAGCUUACAAAUCAACCGAUGGCUUCAAUAUAUGGACUUGUCUUUGUGUGUGCUUGGGAGUUCUUAGCGUCCACGGUGCUGGAAACUUGACAAAUACAUAUUUUGACUUCAUGAAGGGAAUUGACAGCAAGAAAAGCGACGAUCGGACGUUGGUAGACCAUAUUUUGGAACCGUCAACGGUGGCUACAUUCGGUGCUGUACUGUACGCGAUUGGUUGUUUUUUCUUGUUGCUUGUUAUAGUAUUAUCACCCGCUAAAAUGGAACAUUUAGCUUUAAUUUACUUUGGGGGUCUUUCAAGUUCAUUUCUGUAUACAGGAGGUAUUGGGCUUAAAUAUCUUGCCCUUGGUGACCUUGUUGUUAUUAUAACGUUUGGUCCUCUGGCUGUAAUGUUCGCCAGUAUGGCUCAGACUGGAUCCUGGAGCCUGUCACCGUUACUUUAUGCUCUACCACUGGCACUGAACACAGAAGCAAUUUUGCAUGGCAACAAUACUCGAGACAUGGAGGCUGACCGUAAAGCUGGAGUUAUUACAGUAGCUAUUUUACUUGGACGAAUGGGAUCAUAUAGUUUUUACGUCAUGCUAUUAUUCUUACCAUAUAUAAUAUUUUGUGUACUAGGUAUGAACUUUUCAGUUGGUUUUCUCCUGCCACUUGUCACUUUACCGUUAUCGUUUGAUUUAGAGAAACAAUUUCGUCAAGGUAGUCUUAAAAAUAUCCCCCAAAAAACUGCUAAGUUAAAUUUGCUUUUAGGUGUAUUUUAUGUCCUAGGCUGUAUAUUGACCAGUCCACAGGCUUUUCCGGGAUUGUAGUCAAAUGUUUUUGCAAUAGUAAUUAUAAUUGUUUGAUAUUUGUAGACAUCACACCAACCUUCGUUGUCGUCAUUCUGCUUGAUAUUUUUUUUUAUCAUAUUAACCUGUUUAGCAGCCAUAAUCACAAGUGAUAUCAAAUACUUUCCUGUUUUGGAGGCAGCUCAAGAUUGGUACAGUAUCUGGUAAUUAACAUAACGAAUUUGGCUUUACAGCCUUUAAUGAGUCAACUGA